AUGACGAAGAAGAGCCUGAGCGCCAUGGAGGACGAGCCGAUGAUGCAAGCCUGCUUCUACACCAAGUUCGGGAAGCCAACCGUGCUGCAGAUGGGUCUUUUGCCCAAGGCGAAGCUCCUCGCACCCGAGGAAGUCCUCGUCCAGGUGUACGCCGCCUCGAUCAACCCGAUCGACUACAAGCGACGUGAAGGUGGCCUCAAGGCCGUGCUCGAUACCAAAUGGCCGCAGAUCGUCGGCUACGACCUUGCAGGCGUCGUCGUCUUGGUCGGCGCCAACGUCAAGCAGUUCCACGUUGGCGACGAAGUCUACGCCUGCCUACCGCACGACCGACCCGGUUCGCUUGCUGAGUAUAGCGUCCUGCAUCUCUAUCGACGCCUCCUCGCACUCACGACUGUCCGUGCUAGCUUUGUGCAGGCUGCCGCGCUUCCCAUCUCAUCGCUCGUUGCGCUGCAGACGCUACGCCGACUGGAGCUGCGCGAAGGCCAAAAGUUCCUCCUCACUGGCGGGUCGGGUGGCGUCGGAACGCUCGCGUUGCAGCUGGCGAAAAACGUAUUUAAGGCGGGCACGAUCGCGACGACGGCCGCGCGCCUGCAUCGCCACCAUCGCCACAGCGCGGGCGAAGUGGCCGAGGCCUCGCCGCGCGUCGAGAUCAAGCCGCGCAAGCUGAGCCACAUCCAGGUCGUCAAGAUGGGCAACACGAGCUCGCGGGCCAUCGAGGGCGAGGCGAUUGCCACCGACAUCACGGAAGAGCUGCGGUCGGCAGCGCCCAACAUUGGGCGUGACGUGAUCGCGCUCUCGACGACCGCGACGCCCGUCCAAGUGUCGAUGAGUCCGCAGGAAGAGAUGCUGAACCACGUGCAUUUGGAGAAGGCGCUCAAGAACCACGCGACCGACGACAUGCAAAAGUCGUUUGUCAAAGAGCUCCUUGCGAGAGGCGGUCAAAUGGGCGGGCACAGCACCGUGACCGAGACGAAGCACCAUUGGUUCAUCGCGCAUCCCCACGGCAAGGUCCGCCUGCGCUGGGACGUCAUGUGCAUCGUCCUCAUCUUUUACAACGCCAUCAUCAUUCCGUUUCAAGCCGCAUUCCAAGCCGACGGCUCGGGCUCCGUGUUCGACUCGGAAGUCAACUACGUCAUCGACACGAUCUUUGGCUUGGACAUUUUGUCCAACUUUGUCACGGGCGUCGACAUCAAGGGCAAGGUGCACUUUCAGCUGCAAGUGAUUGCGAAGCGCUAUGUGCUCUCUUGGUUCCUCGUCGACUUUCUCUCAACGUUUCCGUUCACGGCGGUCGUGAGCGGGUCCGACCCGACGAUCCGCCGCGCGCUCAAGCUCUUCCGCCUCAUUCGACUCCUCCGGCUCUUCCGCAUGCUCCGCAUUCUGAACCGCCUCCAGCACGCGCUCCUCAUUCGGUCGACGAUCAGCAGCCUCUUCCGCUACUGCCUCACGGUCGUCUUCAUCUCGCAUUGGUUCGCCUGCUUCUUUUUCUGGGUCUCGUACCAAGACUCGAUGUUUGAGAUGCCGCCGAUCAACACGUGGCUCAAGGAAAAGAAUUUGCUGCAUGAAACCAUGUGGGACCAGUACGUCGCCGCGCUCUACUGGGCCGUCAUGACACUGGCAACGGUCGGCUACGGCGACGUCUCGGGCAUUAGUCCCAACGAACGCUGCUUCACGAUCUUUGCCAUGUUUGCCGGCGCCGGCAUCUUUGCCUACGGGAUCACCAACAUCGUGUCCCUUGUCUCGAGCUUGACGGCCCACGAGACGGCGUUCCGCGAGAAGAUGGACGAAAUCAACGAGUAUAUGGCUGCGCGGGACCUGCCGCGACCGCUGCGGAUCGAGAUCCGCGAGUUCUUCCAGAACGCGCGCAAGAGUAAAGAGAACGACAUGCUGCAGGAGCAAGAGCUUCUAAACGAGCUCUCGGCCAUGCUGCGCUCCAAGAUUGCGCUCGCGAUCAACGACCAUUUUCUGUGGAAAUUUCCGUUUUUCAAGGGCAGCGACCCGAAUUUCAUCAUGGACUUGGCGCUAAGCAUGCGCCUGAUCUGCUUUGCGCCGUUCGAAGAUGUGUGCGUCGAGGGCGAGCUCGGCCACGAAAUGUUCUUCGUCUUCCGCGGCGCCGUCGAGGUCCUCAAAGACAACGUGCAAAUCACGGUCCUCGGCGAGAACCAGUACUUUGGUGAGAUGGCGAUUCUGAACCGCGAUUGCAAGCGCAUGGCCACUGUGCGCACGCUCUGCUUUUGCGAGCUGCGCAUGCUCUCCCGCGUCCGGUUCCUCGAAGCGCUCGUGCAUUUUCCAAAAAUGAUGGAGAAGCUCGCCAACUACUCAAAAGCCCGCGCGAACGGCAUCACGCAGCCCGGCGGCGCCUUUGCCCCGUCACGACCCGACUCGGAGGGCAGUUCGGGGCGCGCGGUGCGCCGCAAGUCGUCGAUGAACCCGCGCAAGGCGGCGGGGUACCGGCUCAAUUGGCGCAACCCGCGCAUGAGUGACCCGAAGCUCGGCGACGCUAACGCGGCCGAGACGAUCGUGCAGCUGGACCAUAUCAAGCGCGUCCAAGACCUUCUCUCGACCAAGGUCCGCGAGAUGCACGCCAUGGUCGACGCGAUGACCGACCCCACGAUGCUAUAG